GAAAGAUGAUGGGCGACGACGAAGGGGAUUGAUGCUGAGGAAGGGGUGGUAGCCCAGUCGUUGUCUUGGCCUGUAGUGAACAAGGGCGAGAGUGGGGAAGCCCCCCCCCCACUUUCUACUCAGCAAUGGGCACUCCUCCCAGCCCUUAUAGCUCCCUGGGGCUUUUGGGAGGAGCAUUUGCUUUUCUUUAGGGAUCCUUAGGUGUUGUGGCUGUUGUCUGAAUCGUUCCGCCCCACCUGUUCUUGGCACUAUUCUUGGGGUCGGGACGGGUUGUUUUGGAGAAAAACUAUUAAGGAGCUUGCUUUUAUGCAGGCGGCUCCUGAGAUGCGAACCGGGUCUCCGCGAUGCCAUGUCUUUCUUAGCAAGCAAUUUGCGACGCCGGAUUGCCUUUUUCAGGGUGUGCGAUUUCUGAUUGGAGCGAGCAAAUCCGGACUGCAAAACUCCAAAUGGCCACUGGAGGGCAGCAAAGAGGGCGGAACCCUGCCAAACUGCAGAAAUGGCUGGCAAGAGUCAGGAGCAAACCAUUCAAGAAGAAUUGACCUGUUCUAUAUGCUAUGAGCUCUUCAGGAACCCUGUCAUGCUGGAAUGCAUGCACCAUUUUUGUAAAGAGUGUAUCGAGAAAUAUUGGAAUGGAUGCCCCAGAAUUGCCACUUGCCCCCAGUGUCGGCAAAAGUUUCCUUCCCGAUCCUUUCAUCCUAAUUUCAUUGUAUCUAAUAUAGCGGAGAAAGUUCGAAGAUCUGCCUCCGAGGAGCACAGAAGAAAAACCAAGAUGGAGCUCCAAAAGGUCCUUCAGGUCUACCAGAGGAAACGCGAGAAACUGCUGGAGAUGAAGCGAAAGAAUGAGGAAAAUAAGGAGUGCUUGGUGAAAACAUCUCGGAAACUGAAGUCAGAGAUCCAAGCAGCAUUUCAACAUCUUCAUCAGAUCCUACGAGAGGAGGAAGGAAGGAUUCUGAUGGAAAUGGCUACAGAAGAAGAGCAGUAUAUGUUCAGACUGGAAAACGCUUCUCUACAAUUAAUAGAAGAGAUUUCUGAGUUGAAGAAGACCAUGGACCAAAUGCAGCGCAGACUUGACAACUCUGAGAUCUCAUCAGGGCUGCAGGUGGAAUCUCUGCCGGUCAGGUAUGUGUCCGGAAAACAAACAAACAAACAAACAAACAAAAAUGCACUGAAGGUUUGGAGGAAGCCAGUGAACAGACCAAGGAUACCAGCAGUGCAAUCUGAAACAUUGACUUUGGCUCUAAAACAGUACAAGGAGCUAUGUGACGGGCCCUUGCAGUACAUAAUUUGGCGAAAGAUGCUGAAAUCCAUCAGCCCAGCUCCUAAUGCUCUGACCCUGGAUCCAGACUCAGCCCACCCCAGCCUCCUCCUCUCCAAAGAUCUGACUUCAGUGACAGAGAGGGAGUCACCACAGGCUGUACCCAGAAGCCCCAGGCGUUUCCUGCAGAGCGUGAACGUGUUGGCCACGGCGUCCUUUGAAAGCGGGCGGCAUUACUGGGAAGUCUGGGUGGGGUACAAGACCAAGUGGGAAUUAGGAGUGGCUUCGGACAAUGUGGACCGGGCAGCAAGAGUCCGUCUGUGCCCAGAUAAUGGCUAUUGGACGAUAAGAUUGUGGAACGACUCCGAGUAUUGGGCUGCAGCAACUCCCUGGGUACGUUUGAGGCCCCAGUGCUGGCUGAGGAAAGUGGGGGUGUUGUUGGACUGCAAGGCCAAAAAGCUGACUUUUUAUAACGCCGAGGAGAUGUCAGUCCUCUUUAUCUUCCACCAGUUGUGGGCUAGCAAAUUCUAUCCUUUUUUCAGUACCGGCUUCAGUCAUGGCGAGAAGAAUGCAGAGCCCAUGAGGAUCUGCCACCCUCUCAGGCUCUGAAGUCUUCUCAUUUCACAGGACACAGUGGUUCUUUUGUUUCUUUCUGCCUUAGCGCUAUUACAAUACUGUUUCUCUUGUCCUCAUCACUGCCACUGGUAAAUGUCCAUUGAGAUUUCAAACCAUUUAUAUUUGUGGUAUAAAUCCAGCCAACCGUAAUGAAAAAUGAAGGGUUGUUGACCAUUUUUAUUUAGAGUGGUCCCUUACUGUCUUUUCUAAGGUGGAUUUUCUUUAUUUUUAAUCUAACAAGAUCAUUACUAUUCAUUUAAGAUUAAACUCUGCAAAUAAUCAAAAAAUAUUGACUAUAAUUCUAAUAUAUCAUAAUAAAAUGGUAGCUAUAACUUUCUACUUCCUAUUACCACUUUCCAAGUGUAAACAUGUUUUGUACACACACAUAUAGGUUU